CCUCCCGCAUGAACGAGUUUAUGGUGCGCGGAAUACAGCGUGUGACACCAGUACUGCACGUGACAGGGAGAGAUCGCGUGUGACCAUGAGGCGCCCCAAUAUCCUGCUGACGGGUACCCCGGGUGUUGGAAAGACAACCCUGGGAAAAGAGCUGGCAGAGAGAACAGGUCUCGACUAUGUCAAUAUUGGAGAUUUAGCAAAAGAAGGCAACCUGUAUGAAGGUUUCGAUGAAGAGUAUGAGUGUCCAGUUCUUGAUGAAGACAGAGUGAUUGAUGAGCUGGAGGACAGAAUGAGUGAAGGAGGCGUCAUUGUAGACUAUCACGGCUGCGACUUUUUUCCAGAGAGAUGGUUCCACAUAGUAUUUGUUCUGAGAACAGACAAUUCCUUAUUAUAUGAAAGACUGGAGAGCAGGGGUUACAAGCAGAAAAAGCUACAAGACAACGUCCAAUGUGAGAUUUUCCAGACUAUAUAUGAAGAGGCUGUGGAGUCUUAUCGGCAGGACAUCGUCCACCAGCUGCCCAGUAACACACCAGACGACCUGGAGCAAAACAUGGAACAGAUUUCCCAGUGGAUUCAGCAAUGGAUGAAGGAUAACAACUGAAUAGUGACAGUGGACUGCCUUUCACUUUAUUAGGUGUGAUUGCUGUGCUGAUGCGUGUUUCUACAUUCACUGCUAUCGCAAACACAUGAUUCAAUGUACAUACUGUAAAUGGUUAGAAUUUAUGACAAAUAUCCAAAGAUUUGGAGGAAGACUGAACCCCUACUGUAGACCUGUAUAAUAUUCCUCUUUCUUAUUCCGUUCCCUUUUCUACACCAUUUGAUGUAAGUAGCGCCCCCUGUUGUCUGUCUUUUGUGACACAAAGAAAUAUUUAGCCUAUAAUAUUUUUUGCUAAGAGAAGCAUAAAACUUUCCCUUAUGUGGCAAAAGUGCAUCAGUCAUGAGUCUGGCACUAAGUUUACAGGACUUUUGUACCCAGAUGUAAAAAUGAGCAUACCCUCAAGACCUCAUAUUUCAGGUCAAAAGUCACAUGGAAAAUCUGCCACGUAAUACAGUCCCAGCUAGGUAGAUGAGAUUUCCAAAAUCUCAUGUACAUGAUGCAGAAACUGACCCAAGGUGCGGAUUUUGCAAUCUGCAGUGUUUACAUUGUUUAGGUGGAUUUUCAGUGCAGAGUUCACCUUUUGCAAUGCAUAGGGUGGGAUCUGAAGCAAAUUCGCCUGCAACACAUGCAGGUUUUGAUACGAAAACGCAGUGAAAACCGCAUGGAAAAUUCACAUAAACUACACUGCCAUGUGCAUGUACCCACAAACAGUUAAUGCGUUUUCUGUGCUGUGUAAUGGAAGACCCAUUAAUAUGAGCUCCGGUAUAGUUGUACAGCUGGUGCCAGGUAAGAGAAGCCUUGGCUUUAGCGAUUCGUGGUUAUUUGUUAGAGCCAUUUGGUACCUUGUAGUGCCCUCAUAAUGAAGCAUACAUCUUGUAGAGGCCCUGUUUGGUAAUUAGCCAUCUCAGGAUACUGGUGUGCUUUACAUACUGCGCACACUACAGCUGUAGCACUUGGAAUCUGUGCUUCCAAGACUCUUAUCACGUAAUGAUGCGUCUGGUAAAUGGUGCUGCGGUGUAUGCAACGAGAACCUGCAGGUACUAUGCCUGACAACUCGACGGACAUCCACUCUAUCAGAUCUUGUAAUAUUGACGGUUAGAGUGCCAGGAAUACUGUGCGAGUCAAUGGUGGAAUAAAUCUGUGAUAUUCUC